AUGAGUAAUUCGCUAGAAGAACGUCUUAAGUCCCAUUCCAGUGCAUUUGAUGGAUUAUUAUCUUUGAUUCCAGCCAAGUAUUACUAUGACGAAGCCACACAGGACCAAUGGCAGCAGAAGAAGAAGCUGAAGAAAGAGUUGCAGCAGAAUAAAAGGGCAAAGUUGAAUCCAGAUUCCAAAGACGACGCCGAUGAUUAUGUGAAUUCGCAUGCCAGUGCCAAAGAUGUGAUGAAUAAUAAAGCAAAGAAUGCCAAGGAGGUGACCAUUCCUUCGAUGAAGAAGUUUCCCCAGGCAAUCAUAGAGAAGGCAGGAAGUGAAGAAGAUGACAAUGAAAAAGAGGAAGAUGAAAAAGAUGAAAAAGAUGAAAAAGAUGAAGAACAAAAGUUUGAUGAAAAAGAUGAAGAACAAAAGUUUGAUGAAAAAGAUGAAGAACAAAAGUUUGAUGAAAAAGAUGAAGAACAAAAGUUUGAUGACUCGUUGAUAAAAGAACAAUCGCUUGUGUUCGACGACGAAGGAAAUGAAAUAACAUCUCAUAAAAAGGACGGAGAUUUCGCUAAACAAAAAAAGAAUAAGAAGGAAUUGUCACCUGAAGAAAAACAAGCUAAGAAUGAAAAACUACUCAAGUUAAGGGAAAAAUUAUCGUCCAAAAUAAACACCUUAAGAGAGAAAAGAAAGGCUCCCGGAACUAAGAACGGAGGAGCCGUAAAGUCAAGAGAUCAAAUAUUAGAAGAACGUAAGCGAAAGGAAGAAAUUAGAAAACAGGAAAAAUUGAAAAGAAAACAUGAAGAGGUUGAAGCUGAUUCUGAAUCUGAAUCUGAGGAUGAAGAUGAAGUUAAUAACGAAGGUAAUAAAAAACCAGAAAAUGAGGAUUCAGUGUUAUUUGGAAAUAUAGUAUUUCAAGACGGUAGUAGAGUUACCUCUGAUUUGAAUAGACUUCGUGAUUCUGCAGAUAAAAAGAAAAUGAAAGGACCGGCUAAUAGAGAUUUAAAAGCACAUCUAACUAAAUUAGAACAAAAGAAACGUAAAUUUGCCCAAUUAUCUCCCGAAGAACAAUUAAAACAAAAGGAAAAAGAUCAAUGGCAAAGAGUUAUGUCUCAAGCUGAAGGUGUAAAAUUAAAAGAUGACGAAAAAUUAUUAAGAAAGGCAAUUAAAAGAAAAGAAAAACAAAAAUUAAGAAGUGAAAUCGAAUGGAAAGAUAGAAAACAGGUGGUUAAAGAUACUGUUGCCGCUAGAGCUAAGAGAAGAGAAGAAAAUUUGAAAUCUAGAAAAGAUAAUAAAGGUAAAAGAGGUAAGAAAAACCAAACUCCAAAAUUAAGAAAAUUCAGCGGUACUAUUAAUAAAAAGGCUGCAAAGAAUACUAAAAAUAAUAAAAAGAGAGCUGGUUUUGAAGGAAGUGCUAAAUCAAAGGGUAAAGGAAGUAAAUAG